AACCCUAGCCUCCCCCCCUCUUUAUGCUCUUCCUCCCGCGCCAACUCGCCCUCUCCGCCGCCGCCGCCGCCGCCGCCAUGGCCAAGGAGGAGUCGAGGAAGGAGAAGAAGGCCAAGACCAAGGCGGCGUCCUCCGCCGCCGCCGUCCCCGACGCGAGGAGGGCCGCCGUGGUGGCCGCGGUCGCCGCCUUCCUCGAGUCCAGCGGCUUCCCCCGCGCGCUCGCCGCGCUCCAGUCCGAGGCCAACCUCGAGGCGGGUUCUUGGCGGUCGUCGCCGGUGAGCCUGGAAGAGUUGGUUUCCGGAUUCUUGGAGGACUCGAGCAAUUAUGCUCCAGGAGCCAGCAUCAAUGGGAGUAUCGAGCACGAGAAAACAGCCGCCGUUGUCGCGGAAGAUGCUGGCAAGAAGAAGAAAAAGAAAGGCAGUGACACGAAAGUGAGUGAAGCUGAGAACAAGGUGGCUGAGCCUUCUGCCGUGGAAAAGCCCAGUGAAAAUGCGGAUGUCGAGACCAAAGAAAAGAAACAGAAGAAGAAAAGCAAGAAACAAGAAAACGACGAGGAUGUCGAAGCUAGGCUGGAAAAGGCAGAAUCGGCUAUCAUUAACAAAUUUGAGACCGUGGACACAUUGAAGGAGGAUAGCAAGAAUGGUUUGGUUGAUGUUGCUCCUGUGGAGAAAGGGAAGAAAAAGAAGAAAGGAAAAUCAACUCCUGAGACAUCAGAUAAGGUUGACACAGGAAGUACAGAUGCUGGGGCUGAUUGUGCCAAGGGAAAGGGUGAUGCUGCAGAGAUGGAGAAAGACAACAAUGAAAAGAAAAGUAAAAAGAAGCUGAAGAAGUCCAAGGAAAACGUUGAGGUGGUUGAAAACAAAGAAGUUGCAGGGAAAGAUUCAGCUCCUAAAUCAAAUGAUGAGAACAAUAGUGGAAUGGAGACUGAGAAGGGGGAAAAUGGAAUGCCUCCAAGUGAUAAUGCGGUAGUUGGCAAAAAGCGGAAACUAGAAGAAGUCGAAGGAAGCAACCUCCCUGCUAAAGAAGAUAACACAGCUAGCCAGAAGCUCAGCAAUGGUUCUUCAGAGGAUGAUGGUGCCAAACCGAAUAAAAGGCAGAAAAAAUCAUCUGAACCCAAAACUGUGAAUGCAUUUCAACGGGUGAAACUAGAGGAUGUUAAAUUUGCUGAUGAUAGGCUUCAGGAUAACUCAUAUUGGGCUAAGGGUGGUGCAGACUCUGGGUAUGGUGCAAAGGCACAAGAGGUUCUUGGGCAAGUUAGAGGAAGGGGCUUUAGACAUGAGAAGACCAAGAAGAAGCGUGGAACCUACAGGGGUGGGCAGAUCGAUUUACAAACCCACUCAAUCAAGUUCAACGAUUCAGAUGACGAGUGAUCGCUUCAAUUUUGCGAGUCGCUCACAGUUUACCAUUCUUGCCAUCGUUUACAUGAUGAUCAGCCUUCAGAAAGAAUGAACUGGAGGGAAUGCUGCGUGUGUGGCGAAUUCAGGAGGAACAUGAAAUUGCUUUAUUAUGCCCAUUUUGUUAGUGCUGGGUGCCCUGCUAAAUCAUCAAAAUUUUGUAUUGAUACUCACUGAGAUGUAUCAUUUUGCCACUGCUAAUACAAAGUGCAAGAGUAUUAGUACAUCACAUCUUACUUUUUUU